CCAAGACAAAGACCCCUCAUCGUACCUAUCUCUCCCCUCCUUCUCCCUCAAUUUUCCGCUUUCCUCUCUCGAAGAAGUUCCCCACCAACAUUUACAGUUGGGGUUUCCAAUAGAAAUUCAAAAGGUCAAGGACUGGCCUUUCGCAUGGAAGCAAGCUCAGCUGCUGCUGCUACUACUACUUCCUCCACGACGUAUACGCCGAGAGUCCGAGUUGUUCGCUGCAGCUUCUUCAGGCGCUGUUGUCGCUGUUUCUGUUGUUGCUACACCUUCCCGUGAGCUCACCGCUUCGCCUGAUUGAUCCUGUCUUCCGUUUCGGGUUUCAAUCGAUCCGAUCAAGGUACACAAUUUCUUGGGCUAGGGAUUGUGGGAGUGUUAUUCAUGGAUUUUUCUCCUGCCCAAUCGGGUCUCUCGCUCGGCUUCAACUCUCACGCGGCACCUGCUGCCAGCUCCAAUUCCUUCCCCGGUCGGAUUGUUUCAGGCUUCUCCAGUCCUCCUGGGGCGGUUCCUUUGCAGCUCCUUGAGCCGAAGAUCGACAGGUCGAGCGUACCCCGCGAGAAGGAGGAAUUGAGUGGCGAGGAAGAGGAGUUCAGUAUUUUGGGGCACCUCAUGUGCUUGAAGAGGCAGAGGGAUGGGCAGCUCUUGCCCGCUUCAAAUGCGGCGAAGCGGGCCUCAGUUGAACCUGGGCUUGAGUCCCGCCGAGCUGCUGUACGUGCGUGGGGGAACCAGUCCCUCUCAGUGGCUGACCCUGAGAUCCACGAGAUCAUGGAGAAGGAGAAGCAGAGACAGUUCAAAGGCAUUGAGCUUGUUGCUUCGGAGAAUUUCGUGUGCAAGGCUGUGAUGGAGGCCUUGGGGAGCCACUUGACUAACAAGUACUCAGAGGGAAUGCCUGGGUCCAGGAAUUACACGGGCAAUGAGUAUAUCGAUCAGAUUGAGUUCCUCUGCUUCAGGAGGGCCUUAGCCGCGUUCAGUCUUGAUCCGGAGAAAUGGGGUGUGAAUGUGCAGCCAUAUUCGUGUACCUCUGCAAACUUUGCGGUUUACACGGGUCUCUUACUUCCUGGUGAUCGGAUCAUGGGGCUUGACACUCCCUCAGGUGGCCAUUUGAGUCACGGGUAUUAUACACCUAGUGGGAAGAGUAUCUCCGCUGCUUCAAUUUUCUUCGAGAGUCUUCCUUAUAAGGUCAAUCCGCAAACGGGGUACAUCGAUUAUGAUAAGCUAGAGGAAAAGGCACUUGAUUUUAGGCCUAAGAUACUCAUAUGUGGUGGCAGUUCCUAUCCUCGAGAAUGGGAUUAUGCAAGAUUUAGGAACAUAGCCGACAAGUGUGGGGCUGUUUUGAUGUGUGAUAUGGCUCAUACCAGCGGUCUCGUGGCAGCUAAGGAAUGUGCAAGUCCAUUUGAUUACUGUGAUAUCGUUACCUCAACAACCCACAAGAGCCUCCGAGGCCCCAGAGGAGGUAUAAUCAUUUUCCGCAAAGGCACAAAGUCACGGAAACAGGGCUCACAUCCCGGUAAUGGGGAUGGCAGUAUCCAUUAUGAUUUUGAGGAAAAGAUCAACUUUGCUGUUUUCCCAUCGACACAAGGUGGUCCUCACAAUAAUCACAUUGCUGCACUUGCCAUAGCCUUGAAACAAGUGGGUUCACCUGAGUACAAAGCAUAUAUCCGACAGGUGAAGAAAAACGCCCAGACUCUGGCAUCUUCUCUGUUAAGGAGAAAAUGCAGAUUGGUGACAGGAGGUACAGAUAAUCAUCUGUUGCUUUGGGAUGUGACGCCUCUUGGGAUAACAGGCUGGAACUAUGAGAAGGUCUGCGAGAUGUGUCACAUUACAGUCAAUAAAACAGCUAUAUUUGGUGAUAACGGUGCCAUUUCUCUAGGAGGAGUGAGAAUUGGUACUCCUGCUAUGACAUCAAGAGGAUGUGUAGAAUCCGAUUUCGAGAUGAUAGCUGAUUUCCUUGUAAGGGCUGCUCAGAUCACUCUUUCUGUGCAGAGGGAACAUGGAAAACAACAGAGGGACUUCCUCAAGGGUCUCCAGCACAAUAAAGAUGUCACGGAGCUCCGAAGUCAAGUCGAGACUUUUGCUGCCCAGUUCGCAAUGCCAGGAUUAGACAGUUUGCAGUGACAACAUACAGAGCAGCAAUGCCAGGAUUAGACAGUUUGCAGUGACAACAUAGAGAGCAGCAGCACCAAGUUGGCAGACAUUAGCAGAUAUUAUCUUUUGUUAGCUCGGUAUUGGUAUCGCGAUUUUUGGUUCCAUUCCUGUAAAUUACAGAAAUUGAUAGUUGACACCAUACACGUACAGUGGUUGUUUCUCUAGCAAACCAUGGUAUAAGCUUCAUCUUGAUGCUUCUCCCUGUAUAUAGCGAAUGCUUUUUGUUUUUUUGGUUGAGAAGAGUUUUGGGAAGUUCCAAUACCGUAUGUUUAUCA